CCGGGCAGUACUUAUCCACGCCAGAACCAGAAAUCAGCAGAAGAAUAAUGCAAAAACAACACAUGGUUCCCUCCUCUUUUUUUUUUCUUCCACGUGGCACAGCCUCCAUCAUCUUGAUUCUGAAUUCACGAACCACCCUCUCUCCCUCUCCCUCGCUUAUUUUACUUCCUCUAACAUAAUAACCAUCUCUCAUUUCACAACCCUUUGGUUUCUGGUGUUGGUCAAAAGAAAAAAAAAGGAAUGAUAGAAUAGGUGGCACACUAGUAGCCAAUGCUAUUGAAAUUUCAUUGGGGAAUUAAUUCCUUCCCCAAUACGAAUUGAUUAUUAUGAUCUAAUCCAAAUUCCGGGAAUAAUCCGUUUCCGAUACAAGCUGAUUUGGCAAAAGUGGUAAAUGCUUGUGAAGCUGCAUUUCCAAUUCGAAGUGGUAAAUGCAAUUGCACUUUGGUUUGCCCCUGUGCAGUGGCCGCACCCGCAGCAUCUGAUUCCCUCACAAUGUCCACCACGCCUAUUUAAUCGGUGCACGAUGCGAAUUCCCAAGAGGCACCUCUCCUUUUCUCUCUCCAACUUCUCUCCUCAACUCCCACCUCUUUUCUCUCCUCGCCUUCGCUUUGCCUCUGGAAUCUGCACCAAACCACCUCGCUCACUCGCCAACUCCACGUCACCAGGUGUUUCUUUGAAGCCUAGCUCGGGGAAUUCCUAGAGUUGGAACAUAGCCUCGUGCAUUGUACGCUAUAUUUCUUUCACAAAUCACAACCAAGGAGUUAAUCCGUUGCAUGCUCAAUAUUCAAUGGAUGGGAACCAUGAAAUUGAUGUACAUGAUUCAAGAUUGGGGGAUUUGCCUGGCCGUGAUGGCAGCAAACAGCCAUUUGUCUGGUCAUCUCCUGAACAUGGAUUUAAAACUGAAAUAGGCAAGCAGAUAUUUUGUAACCGGUCACUGAAUAUGAAGAACAUUGUUGCUGUGGGAUUUGACAUGGAUUAUACUCUGGCACAGUACAAGCCUGAAACUUUCGAAUCUCUUGCUUAUCAAGGCACAAUCAAAAAGCUGGUUUAUGAUUUGGGAUACCCUCGUGAGUUACUAAAUUGGUCUUUUAACUGGAAGUACAUGGUCAGGGGCUUGGUUCUUGACAAAAAAAGAGGCAACAUAUUGAAGAUGGAUCGCCACAAGUAUGUGAAAGUAGCCUAUCAUGGAUUCAGAGAGUUAUCAAAAGAAGAUAAAGUUGGGACCUAUGGAAAUACUUUAGUACGCGAUUCUUUUGAUGAACCAGACUAUGCUCUAAUUGAUACACUCUUUUCACUUGCGGAAGCCUACUUGUUUGCUCAACUGGUUGAUUAUAAGGAUUACAAUCCUGGCAAGAUUCAAGAGGGUGUUGAUUAUGCUUGCAUGUACAAAGAUGUUCGAGCAGCAGUUGAUUUGUGCCACCGUGACGGAACAUUGAAGCAAAUGGUUGCUAUGGAACCAAAAAGGUAUAUUAAUGAAGACCCCUCAAUAGUGCCCAUGCUCGAAAUGCUCAGAGACUCUGGACGUGCAAUGUUUUUAGUGACAAAUAGUUUAUGGGACUAUACAAACAUUGUCAUGAAUUUCCUCUGCGGAUCCAGUAUGGCAGAUGUCAGUAACAAUUUUGGCUGGCUUCAACUCUUUGAUGUUGUUAUCACUGGCAGUGCAAAGCCAGGAUUUUUUCAUGAGGAAAAUCGUGCUAACCUAUUUGAAGUUGUGCCCGAGACUGGAAUGCUACUCAAUACAGAUAAUGGCUCUCCUAUGCCCCAGGUGGGUAAUACCUCUGCAAGGUUAUUCACAGAAGCAAAGAAUUAUGCUUGUCCAGUUUUCCAGGGAGGCAAUGUUGCUCAUCUGCAUAAACUGCUUUCCAUUGAAUCAAGUUCCCAGGUUCUCUAUGUUGGGGAUCACAUUUAUGGAGAUAUACUACGCAGCAAAAAGGUUCUUGGAUGGAGAACAAUGCUUGUAAUACCAGAGCUGGAGAAAGAGGUUAAACUCCUCUGGGAAUCUAGAGAUACCCGCAAGGAACUUCAAUUCUUGAGGAGUGAACGGGACCGCAUUGAGGAUGAAAUACAUCAUUUGAAGUGGUCUCUCAAAUUCAAGAAUCCAGAUGCUGAUUCCAAGCAGAAGUUAUCUUCUGAACUUGAAAAAUUGGAGCUUGAAAGAGAGAGAGUGCGAUUAAGUCAUCAAGAAGCUCAGAGAAAAUUACAUCAAAGGUUUCACGAGCCAUGGGGACAGCUUAUGAAAACUGGUUAUCAGAAUUCUCGCUUUGCUCAUCAGGUUGAGAGAUUUGCUUGCCUUUAUACUAGUCAAGUUUCUAACCUGGCCUUGUACUCUCCAGACAAGUAUUACAGACCUAGUGAAGAUUUCAUGCAACAUGAAUUUGGUAUUAUGGCUUGUGAGGCACCAGGCAGUUAAGUUGAGGAAGUUGGGGUAGUUUGGAUUUGGAAAGCGAAUUCUUCUCUGCUUAGUGUUCAAUGUUCCUGUUUCUAAUCUCCCUUCUCUGUUGGGUUUGUAAAGCGAAAUCUGCUGUCACGUGUUCAAUGUUCAUGGUUCCCAUUUCUCUUCUCUGUUUUAUUGGUCAUAGCUCGGUUUAGUAAUUGAACCCCCCCCCCUCCAAUUAUCAAUAUUACAAAUGUUAGUAGUAUUCACUAGAUCCCAAUUCACCUAAAUAUAAAAAAUCUUAUACUGUAAUAUACUUAAAAAUUCCAAUAUAGUCCCAAUAUUUCAGCA